GUUUAAUCUCUAGACCACUCGUACACAAUAUCACACCUUACCAUAAUUAUUUUAAUAUUUAUAGUUUGUACUCUGUGUUUUUAUUAAUGUGUUAACUUCUCUAUAUUAAUUGUAAAAUUGCAAAUAACUUUGUAAAAAUAAAAUAAAUCGUUUGGGUGUAAACCAUAUCUUUGAAGUAAAUUAGUAGAAUCACCUCUAAUUUGGUAAAAAUGACCAUGGAUACAAUCGGUGGAGUCGUACAUAAAAAUUUUAAAUAUGUUUACGUUUCAUCUGAUAUUAAUAUACCAGUGAAGGUCUUGGAAUUUUCCGGGAAGGAGAAUUCUUUCAGAGAUUUAAUCACAAGUCACUUUACCAGACACAAUCUGCUCCCAGAGGAGCGCCAAGACUUUGAAAAGUACUUAAUAAAGGAAUAUGAAGGAUCCAAAGCUAAAAAUAACUCUGAAAAUGACCCUUCAGGGGGCUUUAAGCUUACACCUGAUUUCCUCAGCAAUACUAUCGACACUGCAGGCUCAAACUACCAGAUUAUACCCCUAACUUUGCCUAGUAAGAAGAACGACUUUUUGGGAGUUAACUGUUACAUUGACAGUAUUGGCAGGGUUAAAAACCUACCUACGAACUCUCGAAUGACAAGACUUUGUUCAACGGACAUUAGAGGUGACUGCUUCAUUUCCAGAACCUACGAUGACGAGGAUGUUUUCAAGAGGGUAGACUUUACUCUUGAGGACUACAACGAGUUAAUGGAGAAUCCGCCCUCAGCUGAAGGAAGGUGGGACGUUUCUAAAGCGUUUUCUAACGCUUUAUCGCAGGACAGUUUGACUAAACCCCAAGAAACCGUAGUCAAAAACCACUGUGAAAAUUGUAAAAAGGAAGGUUCUGAAAGUCAAGUUUUGAAAAUUUGUACUGGCUGUAAAAAGGUAAAAUACUGUUCCGUCAACUGUCAAAAGGAGGACUGGCGGUUUCACCGUAGAAUUUGUAAAUUGUAAUAUACAAAAUUUAUACAUAUUAAUGAACUGUAAUGUUAUUUUGUCUA